AUGGCGGGAGGAAUCAAAGUGGCAGUGUCGGCGGCAGUUGGUUCUGGGCUCUGGGGCCAGGGAGGCGGUGGCAAUGGGAUAAUGCGGCUGUUCUUGGUCCUUUCCGGCUGCUUGUUCUGCGCCUCAGCUGGAACUGAUGUAAAUGUGGUCAUGCUUCACGAUUCCCAAGUUCAUGAUACGCAGAUCAGCAAACAAUUCUGUUAUAGAAACGUGCUUAUCCCGAAGUGGCAUGAUAUAUGGACACGGAUACAGAUCCGGGUAAAUAGUUCCAAGUUGGUUCGAGUUACCCAGGUGGACAAUGAGGAGAAACUGAAGGAGCUAGAGCAGUUUAGUAUCUGGAACUUUUUUUCCUCCUUUCUAAAAGAGAAAUUGAAUGACACCUAUGUUAACGUGGGUCUAUACAGCACAAAAACCUGCCUCAAAGUUGAGACUAUAGAGAAGUUCACCACAUACAGUGUCACUGUGACCCGGCGAUUUGACCCCAAACUCUUCCUCAUCUUCUUCUUUGGACUUAUACUGUUUUUUUGUGGAGACUUGCUUAGCAGGAGUCAGGUUUUCUAUUAUUCCACUGGGAUGAGUGUGGGAAUUGUGGCCUCUCUCCUAAUCAUCAUUUUUAUACUGUCCAAGUUUAUGCCAAAGAAAAGUCCCAUUUAUGUCAUCCUGGUGGGAGGCUGGUCCUUUUCUCUGUACCUCAUUCAGCUAGUUUUUAAGAACUUACAAGAGAUCUGGAAGUGUUACUGGCAAUAUCUUUUAAGCUACGUCCUCACAGUCGGAUUCAUCAGUUUUGCAGUGUGUUACAAAUAUGGGCCCUUGGAGAAUGAACGCAGUAUCAACUUGCUGACUUGGACCUUGCAGCUGAUGGGCUUGGGUUUCAUGUAUUCUGGCAUCCAGAUACCGCACAUUGCCCUUGGCGUUGUCAUCAUUGCACUGUGUACCAAGAACCUGGAGUACCCUAUUCAGUGGCUGUACAUUACCUACAGAAAGAUGUGUAAGGCAAGAGAAAAGCCUGCUCCCCCUCGUCUUCUGACAGAAGAAGAGUAUCGGAUACAAGGAGAGGUAGAGACCCAAAAGGCUUUAGAAGAGCUCCGAACAUUUUGUAACAGUCCAGACUGCUCUCCUUGGAAGACCAUUUCUCGCAUACAGUUUCCAAAAAGAUUUGCUGACUUUAUGGAAGGCUCUUUCCAUCUCACACCAAACGAAGUUUCUGCCCAUGAGCAGGAGUAUGGAUUAGGGAGCAUUGUUGCCCUGGAUGAGGACACGUCCUUUGAGGAGGAAGACUCAGAUUCUCUGUACCCUACUGUCACACAGAACAACUUCCUCCAUUAGGGGGUAGUCUUAUUUUUAUGUAGGAUGGGUUGGUGCCUUGGUGGUCCGUGUUCUGACAGCAAGGCUGAGGGAUAAUGUGGAGAUUCUCCCACUGAAAUGAGAGGCUUGGCUGGCCCCCCCCUGGGAGCGGCCUUGUGGUCCCUGUGGGAGCAUGGAGGAAGGAGAAUGGGGGAAGCAGUGAAUGCUGUGGUAGCUUGCUUUCCAUUGGUUAAGCUAUCAGUCCAGUUUUCUGUUAGCAAGAAAUUGGUUGUCUACAACCAGCAUGGCAUUUUAGCACCUGAAAGUUGGUUCAGUCAUGACUUCUGUCACCAUGGCUGGCACUUCAAAGUGAGAAGUGUAAUUUCAGGAGUGCUUUCGGGCAUAGGCUGUAUCUGCUGGAGAGAAACCAACAAAUCUUUCACUUUGAGGAAAACUGAUCUUUGUCUUUUUUUUUUUUUUUUUUUUGAGACAGUGUCU